AUGGCUUACGAUCGAUAUAUUUCAAUAUGCUUUCCUCUAAACUAUAAAAAAAUGAUGUCCCCUUCAAAUGUCAUGAUAUUUCGAGUUAUCCUGUCUCUCUAUUUCCUAAUCCUUUCUCCCAUAUUAAAUCCAGUCAUUUAUGGAGCCAGGACAGAAAAGAUAAAUGAAGCAAUUAAGACAAAAAUACUGGGUAUCAAAUUAUUUCUCGCCAAGCAAACAAUGAAAGUCUAA